AAUUUAGCUAUUCUUAGAAUACAUUUUAUAAAGGCUCUUUGUUCCUUUUAGUGAGACCGAAACCCAAACCAACACAUUUGCAAAGACGGAAAUGUGUGAUAGUCCUCCUGUUUGAAGAUGCCUAGUUAUUAACAUGUAUAGAUGGUAUAUCCACAAAACAUAUGAUUCACUAGAAGUAAAUGCCUCAUAACAUUUUUACAAAUAAUACUAAAGUCUCACCGGAUUUGCUGCAAAACUGUACACAUUUGUAGUUUAAGACCCUUGUUAUAAUGUGAGUUAGUAGUAAAAUGCAGGUAAACCACACACUUUAAAUAUUAUGGACAUGUUCCUCAUACUGUUAUAUACGUCUGCAGUAUGACUAGCCUCUUAUUUCCUUAUUACUGCAAUGUGGAGAGCAACUGAAGAGACACUGCAGCACACAUGGCUCAUGAAACUGUUUCAGAGUGGAUGCUGCAUGAAGGUUUGAGGCUUUCGGAGGUUUAAGCGAACCGUCAUCUCAACCCUCAACAUGCCCGAUGAACACUUGACGAACGUUUUCGAGGAGCUGAACCGGCUGUCCUUUCGCAGACAGCAGCUGAUCGACAAGCGCAAUAUCCUGACGAUGCUCAUCCAGUUCAAGCAAAACAAUGGCCAGAACGAGCAACAGUAUUCCAGAGAGACUGAAGAACUAACAGAGAUCGAUGAGCAGCUCAAAGCUCUCACUCAACAGAAGCUCGAACUGGAGAAUUUGCAAGAAAGAUCGGGAGGCAGUCAUUUAAUAGACACAACUGUUUCAUCUCCAGAUAGUCCGCCACCUUUUCCAGCUCCGCAGGUGAUUUUGGAUGUUGAGCUACUUCCUCGAAGCUCAGCCCAGACGCAGUGUCCAUUCUGUCACCAGUAUAUAACCACAGACGUCACAACCAAAGCCGGCAGUGCCACCUAUAUUGUGUGUCUCAUUUCCAUUCUUUUUUGUUGUAUAGCUGGCUGCUGUGCCAUCCCGUUCUGCGUGGAUGGAUGCAAAGACGUCGUUCACAAGUGUCCGAAAUGUCGAAGUCACAUAAAAACAUGCAAAAAGCUCUGAGGAGUGGAAUGAUUGAAUCCCAUAAUGUGAACUGAACUGGAAAGGUUGAUAAAAUUGUUUUACCGGGACAGUGCCCAUGGAAUUACUCAAAGUGGCUUUUUUUUAAGGAUAUAAUGUUUCACGCUUUUUGGGGACUAAGCCAACUUUUCUGUUUGCCUUAAAUCUUACCUCCAGGACUGUCCAUACCUAAAGGAGAAUGUAAGAUGUCUGAGUCUUCUGUGAGAUUUCAGUCUACUGAUUUGAACUUAAAAACCAUUCAGUGCCCCAUUUUGGGUUGGGUAUUUGCUAAAGGACUGAAAAAUGGAAUCAAGUUGCAAUCAGGGUUUCUGAGGUUUUUAGAGGUCUUAAAGCAGAGGUCUUUUACGAUUUAAGGCCUUAAAAUGGUCUUAGAUUAGAGUAGAAAAUCAAGAUACAUUUACUUUAAAUGCAAGUUAAGAUUUGGAGUCCUUAAGACAAUCCCUCUAGUGCCACCAACUGUCCAAAUAAACCGACUCAGGUUUAUUUUAAGGAAUAAAAUCUGUAAAAGGAAAAGAAAAACCCAACAAUGGUUCUUUUUCUGCCCUCACCAUCCUUGGCUGAAGAUGAUUUGAUUGCUCCUUAUGAUGUAUUUUUCCAUUAUGACAUUUUUCCCAACAUUUUGAGUUGUUCCAAAAAAAACAGACAACAAAUUGCCUUGAACGAUGAGCAAGUUAAUUCAAAAGCACAUAAAAAUGUAUGAGAGGCAAUAUCUAUUUUUCUAUAUUUCAACUAAACUUGGUAUGACAACCAUGACCUGCACAGUUUGGGCACAGCGCCACCUAGUUGUCAGGUGAUGUGAAAACAAUUAGAUGUUUGCUUAUAACUUUUGAAGAGUUUGGUCAAAACCACAACUGUCUCUUUAAGUUCGGUGCAGCAUACCAAGUAGAGAUUGAUACCGGCCUUUCCUACAUUGUUUUGCCAUUUUUGUCUUUAGCUUUGCUAUAUUUUACCAAAACAUUAGCAUAUUGUUACAAAACUCAGGACACCACCUUGUGGUGAAAACCUGCCUCUCCUCCAAAACAACUGGUCGGAUUUUCACCAAAUUUGACUUAUAAUCAUCUUCAGACUUACUUGUUAAAUAUAUGUAUCUUGAUUUAAGGAUGUUUAGACAUUUCUCAUUUUUUGGGGGUGAUCAGAAGGUGCAGUAAAACGUCCAUAUUCUAGUGGUUAGAAGAGCAGAGCUAUUUAAAACUGUAUUUAUUUUGUUACAAAUAAUGGAGGUUAGUUGAAAGCUGUACUUUUCGAAAGUAUUAUUAAUACAAGCCAUUCUUUGCUACUUAGACAUUUACAUUUUGAAAACGGUUUCCUUCAAUUUAUUCCUUAAAGGUUCCUUUACUUAAAAAGUGUAAAAUGUAUCUUUAUGAAUUCAGCGGUACUUUUAACAAAUGCAUGAUUCUGUUUGCAUGUAGUGGAGUAUGGUAAGAAAAAUUAUUUUAUCUUGUUUUGUACAUUACGUUAGGUUAAAAAAAUAUUAUCUUUGGUAAAUUGUUCAAUUAUUGUGUUGUUUGCUUUUCUAAAUAAGGCUAUGUGCGCUCAGAAAAUAGUUCAAAACAAGUCAUUUCAAUGCCUUCAAAUACAGAAACAUUUUAAUGAUACAAGGCUGUAUAUACACAAUAAAGAUAUGUACAAAUAUAACCUCAAAACAUUUACAGUUGCACAAAUACAUUUGUAUAAAAUGUAUAUUGUAAAAAUAUAUACACUGUGCAAAAUAUGAGGCAUACAAUCUACAUCGCACUUCAAAGGAUCAGUAAGAUUUUAUAGAUUUCUCUUUUUUCCUCUUCAUAACAGAGCAAUUGCUCCAAUUAACAUAUUCAUAAAAGGUACGCAAACCUUUACGGGUUGAUUUAAGGUCUUGUGAUAGGAUUUUAUUCCUCCACGGGUCUUUAAAAAAAAUACAUGUAGAGCCAUAAAAUGUGUGAUAAAAAUAUAUGA